CUGGAAAAUAAAAUGAUUGUAUUCAUAAAACACGAGCUGGAGAUGUUUAAGAAACUUCUAACAGACAAAAACACAAAAUAUUAUGGAGAUGUGAGGGAAGAUCUGUGGAGUGUUAAAGAUGCAGCUCUUGAUAUGGCAGUCUACUUCCUAAAACUAAUGAACCACAGUGACAUCGCUGGUGCACUCCAAGAUGCUUUAAUAGAAUUCCAGCAGCGUAAACUCAAAUCAAACCUGUGUAAGAAGUAUACUCGUGUAUCGGAAGGAAUUGCAACGCAGGGUGAGUCCAACAAUCUGAACAAGAUCUACACAGAUCUGUACAUCACUGCUGGUGGAAGGGUGAAAAUGAGUGAUCAACAUGAGGUGAGACAAAUUGAAAGACAAAAUACUAGUGCAAAAGUUAAGGAAAACCAAAUGGAGCAAGAGCAGCAAAUUGAAUGCAAGAACAUGUUUAACCUGUUACCCGGAGAAGAGGACAAACCCAUCAGAACUGUGGUGACACAGGGGGUCGCUGGCAUCGGGAAAUCCAUCUGUGUACAGAAGUUUGUUCUAGACUGGGCUGAAGGAAAAGAAUAUCAGGACAUCAAGUUCAUAUUCCCACUGCCUUUCAGAGAACUGAACCUAAAGGACAAGGACAUUUACAGUUUAAAGAAAAUCAUCUAUCAUUUUUUUCCAGAAGUAAAAGGAAUGAGAUUCACAGAUAAGUAUAAAGUCAUGUUUAUCUUCGAUGGCCUGGACGAGUGUCGACUUCCUCUAACAUUUGGUGAAAAUGAGAAGUGGACUGAUGUAUCAAUGCCAACCUCACUGGACACUAUAAUGACAAACCUCAUUCAAGGAAAUCUGCUUCCGUCUGCUCUCAUCUGGAUAACCACUCGACCAGCAGCAGCUGCUAAGAUCCCUGCUGAACACGUGGACCGGGUCACAGAGGUGCGCGGCUUCAAUGAUGAUCAGAAGGUGGAAUAUUUCAGAAAGAAAAUCAGUAAUGAGACUCUGGCCAACAGAAUCAUUGAUCAUAUUAAAGGAUCGAGAAGCCUCUUCAUCAUGUGUCAUAUUCCUGUCUUCUGUUGGAUUUCAGCUACUGUACUUGAGAGGAUAUUGAGACAAACGGACAAUGAAGAAAUUCCACAGACUCUGACGGAUAUGUACACAUACUUUCUGAUAUUUCAGAUCGUACAGGGGGACAAAAAAUAUAACAGAAAGACUGCAUCAGACAUUCCGUGGAAUAAAGAGGGAAUUCUUUCUCUGGGAAAUCUCGCCUUUAGUCAACUGGAAAACAACAACCUGAUUUUCUAUGCACACGAUCUGGAAAAGUGUGGAAUUGACCCCAGUAAAAUAGCGGUGUACUCAGGAGUGUGUACUCAGGAGACUGGCAGAUUUCUAGACACAGUUUUCAGCUUUGUGCAUCUCAGCAUUCAGGAGUUUGUUGCUGCUUUAUAUACAUACGUAUCUCUCAGAAAUGAAAACAAGAAUGUUUUUAAACGAUCAGAAGAGAGCAAAGAAACAGAAGUUAUUGAUUUCCUUAAGAUGACAGUGGACCAGGCCUUACAGAGUGAGAACGGACACUUGGACCUUUUCCUCCGCUUCCUUCUGGGUCUCUCACUGGAGUCUAAUCAGGAGCUCAUUCGAGGUCUGCUGACACACACAGGAACCAGCUCUGACUGCAAAAAGGACAUAGUCGAGUACAUAAAGAUUAAGUUUGAACAAAAUCCAGAUCCAGAGAGGUCAAUCAAUCUGUUCUACUGUUUGAACGAGUUAAAUGAUGAUUCACUAGUGAAAGAGAUCCAAAGCUACUUGAGCUCAGGACGUCUCUCUGAAGCUAAACUCUCACCUGCUCAGUGGUCUGCUCUGGUCUUUGUGGUACUGACAUCAGAGGAGGAUCUUGAAGUGUUUGAGCUUCAGAAGUUCAUAAAGUCAGAUGAAUGCUUUAAGAGGCUGCUGCCAGUCGUACAGGAAGCCACAACAGCUCUGUAA